CCUCCCGCUCCGAUUCUGGGUGAACGUAAUCAAAAACCCCCAGUUUGUGUUUGAUAUCCACAAAGGCAGCAUCACGGACGCCUGCCUCUCUGUUGUGGCUCAGACCUUCAUGGAUUCCUGCUCCACUUCGGAGCACCGCCUGGGCAAGGAUUCCCCCUCCAACAAGCUGCUGUACGCCAAGGACAUCCCCAGCUACAAGAGCUGGGUGGAGAGGUAUUACGCAGACAUUGCCAAGCUCCCUGCCAUCAGCGACCAAGACAUGAACGCCUACCUCGCUGAGCAGUCGCGCCUGCACUCCGCCGAGUUCAACAUGCUGAGCGCGCUCAACGAGAUCUACUCCUACGUCAGCAAGUACAGCGAAGAG